CCCCACCAAAAUCUAGGACUACUACUGCCCUACUAAAAAUCGACUACUACUACUACUACUACACUAUAAUGGUGAAAAAAAAGAGUAUAAAGGCUCAAGAAAUUGAUUUACGACUUUCUGAAGCUGUUCUAGGCGUUAGGACAAAAAAAUUUAAGUCUGCAAAUGCUGCAGCUAUUGCCUUAGGCCUAAGGCCAGACUCUGUCCGUAAGCGCCUAUGCGGUAGGAUCACUCGUAUUGAAGCGCGUCAAAAGCAACAACUCCUAUCAAAAAAUCAAGAAAAGACACUUUUAAAGUGGAUUAAAGAGCUUACUAUAAGCGGCUACGCUCCUAGCCAUCGGAUAUUACGUGAGGUUGCAGAUGAAGUCCGGUCAAAUAAGUGUCGCGUUUUUCAGCCUCAACAACUACAACUACAACAACAACCUCAAACUCAACAACAACAACCUCAAAUACCUAACUUACCUCUUAGGCAAGAGUGGGUGCCACGAUUCAUUCAAAGGCAUCCUAACUUACGUGUUAAGUUAGGACGUAGAGUUGAGGCACAGAGGAUGAAUGGGGUUACAAAGCAGGUGUUGAAGGGGUGGUUUGACGCGUAUAAGAGCCUUAUAACAGAGCAAAAAAUCGAAAACUACAACACCUAUAAUAUGGAUGAAACUGGAUUUUCAAUUGGAACUAUGCAAUCUACACGAAUUAUAGUCGAUUCUACACUCCGUACGCGUUUUCAAGCUCAUCCUGGCCGAUAGGAAUGGGUGUCUGCUGUUGAAUGCAUCUGUAUGGAUGGAACAGCUAUUGAACCCCUUAUUAUCUUCAAAGGACAGAAUAUACUACAAAGCUGGAUUCCGAAGGAGGUUAUACAAAAAUGGCACUUCUCUGCAAAUACAAAGGGAUGGACAAGCAAUCUUCAUGGAUUAGAGUGGCUAAAACGUGUUUUUGAGCCCUCUACAAGAGCAAAAGCAACACAAAAUGGACGACUACAGCAAUAGCUCCUAAUUUGCGAUGGCCAUGAUAGCCAUAUAAGCGGAAGCUUUAUAUCAC